GCUAGGCUUCCCUUGAAGAUUAGUAACAUGUUGCUCACUCAAGCGGUCGGUCUUCUCGUGGUAUUCGCUGUAUAUGCUGCUCACGCGGAAGAGACUACGACGAAGCCCUACGAAGAUGACCCUUCACACUCCAGUGAGCAAGAUAUCUCAAAGGCAGCGGAGGUCACCGACAACUGGGUGGUCAAGAGAAGAAAUAUACCAUCUACAGGCUACAGCUGCCACAGUGCGACAAGGCUAUCUGGAGACGGCACUACUUACAAGUACAAAUUCAGCGUGCGAAAUGACACUACUCAACAGCUCAUAACAUGGGAAGUCGAUAUGACCACCAAAACAACUGACGGCCACGAAAAACCCAACGCCGUGUCCUACAAAUACCUGAACGAGCAACUUUACCCCGGUGCACCUACGCUGGUAAGCAAGUUAAUGACUGAGGACCUUGACGGCGGUUGCGCAUUGUUUGUUACGCCAUUUCAGUUUCCGGGAGUCGGAGAGUAUAAAGUGUGUAUGCUCGUGAUGAAAAAAUCAAAAGUGACCGGAGGAAUUCCCGAGAAGUGCGAGAGCGUUUACUCUGAGCACUGCCCGCACUUAGUUCCAGAAGAGGACGAGCCAUGGAAGACAGACUGCCAGUAGUGCCAGCAGAUGGGAAUUAACGUAGAUGUAGACAUUGCCAAAAUAAAUAAUAUGUAUGUGGGAACAUGGAAGCAAAAAUAAAGGCGUAUUGCUGCAGAAUCGUUUUUUUUUC